AUGACGAGGCGACGGCGCGGUCGCGCGGCGGUGGUGGUGGUCGGCGAUGUGGGUCGCAGCCCUCGCAUGCAGUACCACGCGCUGUCGCUAGCCAAUCAGGCGGGACUAGAAGUCGACCUUAUCGGCUAUGCAGGGUCGCAGGUGCACCCCUCAGUGGCGGAGCAUCCGCGCAUUCACCUGCGCCUGCUGGGCAUGCCCUUCCCCAGUGGCCUCUCCCGCCCUCUCUACCUGCUGUUGCUGCCCAUCAAGCUCGUAGCCCAAGUGCUCUGCUUCCUCUGGGUGCUCUGCGUCGCGACCCCCCCACCUGACUUCUACCUUCUACAGAACCCCCCCACCAUCCCAACCUUCACAGUGGUGCGCUUUGCCGGCCUAGUAAGGCGAGCAUCCUUCGUCAUUGACUGGCACAACUUCGGAUUCACCCUUUUCGGUCUCCGUUUCGGCCCCGCACACCCGCUCGUGAAGAUCCACAAGUGGUACGAGACGACCAUAGCACGCCAGGCAGCGGCGCACAUAUGUGUGACUCGAGCCAUGCAGCAGGAGCUGGCGAACAACUGGGAUAUACGAGCCACUGUGCUGUACGACCGCCCGCCUUCCUUCUUCCGACCCAGCACCUUGGAGGAGAUGAGAGAGGUUCUGGGCCGCAUCGACCAAUCACUGCUCGACAGCUGUUUCUCCCCACCCGCACCAGGAACCGCGCAGUGGACUCUUAGACCCGAUCGCCCUGCCCUAGUUGUCAGCAGCUCUAGCUGGACUGCAGACGAGGACUUUGAUGUAUUGCUAGAGGCUGCUCUCAUGUACGACAGGCGCGUGGCAGCGAUGGCAGGCGAGGGGGAGUUCGGAGGAGAUGGAGGAGGCGAGGGAGAGGGUUCUUCUGAAGCCCCUCUGCUUGACUCCAGAGGAACGGACAAGAGAUCACCUGCAGCAGCAGCAGGAGCAGCAGCAGCAAGAGGAGCAGAAGCAGCAGCAACAGGGGCAGCAGGGGCAGCAGAGACAGCCAAAGAUUCCUCUAGUGCGGGGGGCUCAAGAAACGGUGCAGCAGGAGAGGGCGAGCUGGGAGGGGGAGUGACGGCAGGAGCAGCCGCAGGACUGGGAACAAACGCAGGGAGGUUGAAGGCCGGAGAAAAAUUUCCCAACUUGGCGUUUAUUGUUACUGGCAAGGGAGCCCUCCGAUCGCACUACGAAGCCAAGAUGCGACGGCUCAGAUUGCGCCACGUGUCCUUCCGAACCGCAUGGCUCGCUCCGGAGGACUACCCAAGGCUGCUAGGCUCGGCGGACCUGGGCGUGUCCCUCCAUACCUCGUCCUCAGGCCUGGAUCUGCCAAUGAAAGUUGUAGACAUGUUUGGAUGCGGCGUUCCUGUCUGCGCCAUCUCCUAUUCCUGCAUCCACGAGCUGGUAAAGGACGGCACCAACGGGCUCCUCUUCUCAGACUCUUCAGAGCUCGCCUCGCAACUCAUCGACAUCUUCUGCGGCUUCCCAGAAGGUUCUGCUGCUCUCAAACCCCACUCCCCCACCACUGCCUCCACCUAUUCAUCAGCCUUCACUCCCGCAGGUCCAUCAACCUCCCCCUUACCUUCAUCUCCCACAUCACCCUCCUCUCCCUCAUCCACUCCCUCCUCCGUUACGCUGCUUCAAAAGCUAGGGUCUGGUGCCCUGGCAACAGGGGCUGCUGGUAAAUGGGCGGAUGAGUGGGGUGCGAAUGUGCUUCCUUUAGUGGAGAGAUUAUCUGGGGGUGAUUUACGAGAGAUGGUUAUCACUACGUAA